CAUCAUUCUCAUAAGUAGAACGCAUCAUUUAAGCCAAGCAAGGUGUGGUCAAUACAAAUCCACCAUGAAGACAUUUCUCAUCCUUGCCCUCCUUGCUAUCGUGGCGACCACCGCCACAACUGCAGUUAGAGUUCCAGUGCCACAAUUGCAGCCACAAAAUCCAUCUCAGCAACAGCCACAAGAGCAAGUUCCAUUGGUACAACAACAACAAUUUCUAGGGCAGCAACAACCAUUUCCACCACAACAACCAUAUCCACAGCCGCAACCAUUUCCAUCACAACAACCAUAUCUGCAGCUGCAACCAUUUCCGCAGCCGCAACUACCAUAUUCGCAGCCACAACCAUUUCGACCACAACAACCAUAUCCACAACCGCAACCACAGUAUUCGCAACUACAACAACCAAUUUCACAGCAGCAGCAGCAGCAGCAACAACAACAACAACAACAACAACAACAACAACAACAACAACAACAACAACAACAACAACAACAACAACAACAACAACAACAAGAACAACAAAUCCUUCAACAAAUUUUGCAACAACAACUAAUUCCAUGCAUGGAUGUUGUAUUACAGCAACACAACAUAGCGCAUGGAAGAUCACAAGUUUUGCAACAAAGUACUUACCAGCUGUUGCAAGAAUUGUGUUGUCAGCACCUAUGGCAGAUCCCUGAGCAGUCGCAGUGCCAGGCCAUCCACAAUGUUGUUCAUGCUAUUAUUCUGCAUCAACAACAAAAACAACAACAACAACAACCAUCGAGCCAGGUCUCCUUCCAACAGCCUCAACAACAAUAUCCAUUAGGCCAGGGCUCCUUCCGGCCAUCUCAGCAAAACCCACAGGCCCAGGGCUCUGUCCAGCCUCAACAACUGCCCCAGUUCGAGGAAAUAAGGAACCUAGCGCUACAGACGCUACCUGCAAUGUGCAAUGUCUACAUCCCUCCAUAUUGCACCAUCGUGCCAUUUGGCAUCUUCGGUACUAACUGAGAAGAAAAUAACUCUAGUACUAGAUAUAUGAAACACCGUUUUCUCAGUCCAUGGUUUGGUCAUUGUAGCGGUGAAAAAAUAAUGUGACAUGCACUAUCAUGUAAGAACCCGAACUAUACUAGUUCAAACUUGGGAAUAAAAGACAAACACAGGUCUUGUCUACA